GUGGAGCCUCACACUUUAUAAGGUGGAGUGCGGUCCUGCAGGAACAAAAACCUCCAGAAAAGUCAGACGAGUGUUUGGUCUCACCAUGAAAAGUGUGCUGGCGUUUGUGUUGCUGUUGUGUGUGUGUGGAAGACACUCCUGUGUUCACGUCAAGGAUGGAGACAAGAUAUUCCCCCUGCAGGCAGUGAAACAGCUCAAGGCGCUGAUGGACGUCGGCCCUCACCUCGCCCAGAGCGCCACCGAGGCUGUGUGUGCCGACCCCAUCCUGCCUCAAGUCUUCUCCCCUGUGUGCCAGGACGGAGAGGCCGCCGCGGUUUUCUCCAGGCUUGUGAAUGUCCUGGUGUCUUCGGACCCGUGCGAGAUAUGUGCCAACCCCUCCUGCUUCGGCUGCCUGAAAUGAGGCUGUUCUUCAUCCCCAGCAGUGGAAUGACUCUUUAAUGCUUGUUUUUCAGGCAGUUGACGGCCAAAUAAAGUGAAUGUAUCGUUUUGUCAUUUAUGGACUAUUGUCCUGCUGAUAAAAAUGUCUUCUUUGCGUA